AUAUAUAUAUUUUUUACGUAUUUAUGCAAAACAAGUGCAAUUAACAACGCUGAAUCAGCAUUUCCAAGGAUCAGCAGUCUAAAGCAGAUCACAUGGUUUUCGGCCCUUUUUCCUCUUCGUCACUCAGGGGUGGGGGUGGUUUAUCUUGAAAACUGACAUAUUUUCACCACAACUUCCCUCUUGUCGGCCUCUGAUGUGCUUUUCACAUCUGUUCACUGAAAGUCUUUGGAGGUGUGCGUCCCGUGAGGUUGUACGCAGAAGCAAAGCCAAGUUUUUAUGGUGGUGAUGAUGAUGAAGGUGGGAUUGCCCUUCUCUCUUCUUUCUAUUUGGCUCAGCUUUGGCAGUGCUGAUGCGAUGAGUUUGAAAGAGCCGCAGAUAUGCUACAUCUUGGAUGCGGUUCUGCUCAUCUAUGGGAUUGUUCUCACUGUCCUGUACUGCCGAAUGAAGAUGAGAAGUAAACAAGCAGAAAAACUUUCAGGGAAGAAAGAUGCCGGCGAAGGGGUUUAUGAGGGUCUCAAGCCUCACGAUCAGGACACAUAUGAGACCAUCAAAAACAAAAAAGGAAGAAAAUGAGACUCGAGGCAAAAGGAGGGAAGCAAGUUUCAGGACUUAAUAGCACUGUCAUCUUAAGCAUGUCCCUACUGUAAAUAAGCUCUCAAAAGAAUAUUUUGUUUAUACUGAAAUAACUUUUGGUAAUCAAUUACGUCAGGCUUUUUGUUUGCUGUUUGUUUGGCAGGCAGACACCGAUAAUCAAACAGAAUGCAAAAGGAACGUAUUGUUUGUGUGAUUAUUCUAUUUGUUUAAUGUAGUUUAAAUGGUUUAGUUUUUAAUUUUCGAUGAAUGUAUUUUUGUUCGCCUUUAAACUACAUUUUAAGCUUCUAACAUGUAAACCACAGAUGUGUGUCACUAUUUUUCGAGGCUAACUUCCUGUUCUAGCUUCAACAUGCCAUCAACACCACAGAGUCCGAGUCAUUUCCUGUUUUAAAGAGUACAUGAGUGGUCUGACAAAAAGUGCAUCUGACUUUGACCACAGGUGUGAGUGAUGGAAACAGAGCUGUGUUUGGUUGUAUAUGUGUGUAGGCCUUUUCUUUCCAUUGGUUUAAUAAGCACUCAUAUUGUUUUGCUGUGUGUUGCAAAUCGGGGGGUUUUUCUGCUACAUGUGGCAUUUGAGAAAACAAUUAUGAAAAAAAAACCUUAUAUACCAUUGAUGGUCAGAAUUUAUUUACAUUUAUUAUAAGAGUAAAUAUGUCCAAAAUGUAAUUAUUUUGUCCAGUUAUGCCAAGGUUUUUUUUUUUUUUGGGCUAAAAUCUAGUACUGUCAUCAUAAAAAAUGGUUUCAUUUCCUUUCGACAGAAUUAUCUGUUUUCAGUUCUUACAUCAAUAGAUUUGCAGAUAGUGAUGAGGAUAAACAUUUUAUUUUGCCAAAAUGAACAAGAAUUAUUUUUUACAGACAGUGGUGGUGAUACACCAUCCUACUAUUCUUGUAUAAUUAAACUUCCAGGUUUUAUUUGGUUUUGUCAAAAUAAAAAUACUUUUUUAAGAAUAUUAAAAGAACAUUUUUUUUUGACCUUUUGAAAAUUAAAAAGAACAAAAAUGUUUAUUUUUAUGAAUUAUUUACUGUUACUCUCUUAUUUGACCAUCUUGUAUCACAUUUACAGUAAUUAAGAUGACAACUCAAGUGUAAAAUGAGUGUACAGUUAAAUAUAGUCUUUUUUUGAGAGGAAAAUAUUUGUAAUAAAUGCAGAAAAGUUACAGUGUAGCAGGUCUAAAUGUGUGUAUAUGUAAUAUAUCAACAACACAUAUCUGGAAUCAAAUAAUAAUUAAAAUUGAUACUUCUUACCACAACAAA